AUGUUUAAAAAUACUUUUCAGAGUGGUUUUCUGUCGAUUUUAUAUAGUGUUGGAAGCAAGCCUCUUCAAAUAUGGGAUAAAAAAGUACGGAAUGGUCAUAUUAAACGAAUAACAGACAAUGAUAUUCAGUCCCUUGUGCUGGAAAUUGUUGGUACAAAUGUCAGCACAACAUAUAUCACAUGUCCAGCAGAUCCCAAAAAAACUUUGGGUAUUAAAUUGCCAUUUUUGGUGAUGAUCAUAAAGAAUUUGAAAAAAUACUUUACAUUUGAAGUUCAGGUGUUGGAUGAUAAAGGUGUACGACGGCGUUUUCGAGCCAGUAAUUAUCAAAGCACAACACGAGUUAAACCUUUUAUUUGUACAAUGCCAAUGCGUCUUGAUGAUGGAUGGAAUCAAAUUCAGUUUAAUUUAUCUGAUUUCACACGCAGAGCUUAUGGGACUAAUUAUAUAGAAACCAUCAGAGUUCAGAUUCAUGCCAAUUGCCGUAUUCGGCGUGUUUACUUUUCUGAUCGACUAUAUUCAGAAGAUGAACUGCCGGGAGAGUUCAAAUUGUACAUACCACAGAGUAAAAUUAAGGCUUAA